GCCCGAGUCAAUCUGGUACCUACACCGGUCUUCCCCCGUGACGAGUGAGUGCAGAAAAGGGCAGGCGCUGCGCCUUUAACCAGCUCUCCUCCUCGUCUCGCCCGCCGCCGUGUUGCUCUCUUGUCUCUUCCCCAUUUUCGCUGCUUUUUUUUUCCUCCUCAUUGUCGCUCUUCUUUGUUUUAAUAAAUUUGGACCAUGGCUGCUCAUUCUACCGAUGAACCGUUCCCUUUCCACGGGCUUCUCCCCAAGAAGGAGACCGGCGCUGCCUCUUACCUCACCAGGUUCCCCGACUAUGACGGGCGAGGGGUGCUCAUCGCCAUACUCGACACCGGCGUGGACCCCGGGGCCCCCGGCAUGCAGGUCACGACUGAAGGGAAGCCAAAGAUCGUCGACAUCAUUGACACAACCGGCAGCGGUGACGUGAACACGACGACAGCGGUGGAGCCCAAAGACGGGACGAUCACUGGCCUCUCUGGAAGAACGCUCAAGAUCCCUCCCGCCUGGGUCAACCCGUCAGGGAAGUAUCGCAUUGGAGUUAAAAAUGGAUUUGAGUUCUUCCCCAAGGCUCUUAAGGAAAGAAUACAGAAAGAGCGCAAAGAGAAGAUGUGGGACCCAGCACACAGAGCAGCCCUCGCUGAAGUCAGUCGUAAAAUGGAGGAGUUUGACCUCGCUCAUCCCACUCCGUCGCAGGUGGAAAAGUUGCAGAAGGAAGACCUGCAGUGUCAGUCAGAGCUGCUGGCAUCUCUAGAAAAGAAGUACAGCGAUCCCGGUCCGGUGUACGACUGCGUGCUCUGGCACGACGGCGUCACGUGGAAGGCGGUAGUGGACACGACGGAGUGCGGCGAACUGUCCCAGUGCACUGUCCUGAGCUCGUACAGAGAGAAACAGGAGUAUGCCACUUUAGGAAAUGCUGAAAUGCUCAACUACUCUGUUAAUAUCUACGAUGAAGGAAACACGCUCUGCAUCGUUGCCAGCGGAGGCGCUCAUGGGACACAUGUGGCGAGCAUCGCCGCGGGCUACUUCCCAGAGGAACCGGAACGAAACGGCGUCGCUCCUGGUGCCCAAAUCUUGGCGGUGAAGAUCGGAGACACUCGACUCAGCACCAUGGAAACCGGCACCGGACUCAUCCGCGCGAUGAUAGAAGUAAUCAACUACAAGUGUGACCUGGUUAACUAUAGCUACGGGGAAGCCACUCACUGGCCUAAUUCAGGGAGGAUUUGCGAAGUGAUCACAGAAGCUGUGCAGAAGCACAACGUGAUAUUCGUGUCAAGCGCAGGAAACAACGGCCCCUGCCUCUCCACUGUCGGCUGCCCGGGAGGAACCACCAGCAGCGUCAUAGGAGUCGGAGCGUACGUGACUCCGGACAUGAUGGUGGCCGAGUAUUCCCUGCGGGAGAAGCUGCCCCCCAACCAGUACACGUGGUCCUCCAGGGGGCCCAGCACAGACGGGGCCCUCGGGGUCAGCAUCAGCGCUCCAGGCGGGGCCAUCGCAUCCGUGCCCAACUGGACGCUCCGCGGCACGCAGCUGAUGAACGGCACGUCCAUGUCCUCGCCCAACGCCUGCGGCGGCAUCGCGCUCGUCCUCUCAGGUCUGAAGCAGACGGGGAUCCGUCCCUCUGUUCCCGCUGUGAGGAGAGCGCUGGAGAACACGGCUCAGAAAGUCGACGACAUAGAAGCGUUUGCACAGGGUCAUGGAAUAAUCCAGGUGGACAAGGCUUUAGACUACCUCACUCAGCACGCCUCUCUGCCCACGAGCAACCUGGGCUUCUCGGUCAGCGUGGGCUCACAGAGGGGCAUCUACCUCAGGGAACCGGCCCAAGUCCUCACACCUUCUGAUCACGGGGUCGGCAUCGAGCCCGUCUUCCCAGAGAACUCAGAAAACUCCGAGCGAAUCUCCUUGCAGCUGCACCUGGCCCUCACGUGCUCGGCCCCGUGGGUCCAGUGCCCCGCCCACCUCGAGCUGAUGAACCAGUGUCGCCACGUCAACGUCCGCAUCGAUCCGGUUGGACUGAGGGAGGGAGUCCAUUACACCGAGGUCUGCGGUUAUGAUACAUCUGCACCCAGCUGUGGCCCGCUCUUCAGAGUUCCUAUUACUGUUAUCAUCCCUACCAAAGUGACAGACAGCCGUAACCAGGAGGUUCGAUUCUCAGACGUCCACUUCCGACCCGGACAGAUCAGACGGCACUUCAUCGCUGUUCCUCAGGGAGCGUCGUGGGCAGAGGUCACCCUGACUUCCCAUUCAGGAGACGUGUCAUCGAAGUUCGUUCUUCACGCGGUGCACCUGGUCAAACAGAGAGCCUACAGAGCUAACGAGUUCUACAAGUUCUCCUCUCUACUGGAAAGAGGUUCUCUGACGGAGGCUUUCCCGGUGCUGUCCGGUAGGGUGGUGGAGUUUUGUAUAGCGCGCUGGUGGGCGAGCCUGGGGGACGUGACGGUGGACUACAGCAUCUCGUUCCACGGCCUCAGCGUUUCUCCUUCUCCCCUCCACAUCCACGCCUCCGAAGGAGUGAUGAGCUUCGACGUGUCGUCGCCCAUGAGGUACGAGGAGGUGUCCCCCACCGUCACCCUGAAGUCCUGGGUUCAGCCUCUGCGGCCCCUAAACUCAAAGAUAAAAGCGUUGGGAACGCGGGACGUCCUGCCCAAUAACAGGCAACUCUACGAAAUUGUCCUCACCUACAGCUUCCACCAGCCUAAGAGCGGCGAGGUUACGCCCAGCUGCCCGAUGCUGUGCGAGCUGCUGUACGAGUCCGAGUUCGACAGUCAGCUGUGGAUGCUGUUCGACCAGAACAAGAGGCUGCUGGGCUCGGGGGACGCCUACCCGCACCAGUAUUCCCUAAAGCUAGAAAAGGGGGAUUACACCGUACGGCUGCAGGUCCGACACGAGCAGUCCAGCGAGCUGGAGCGCCUGAAGGACCUGCCGUUUGUGGUUUCUCACCGCCUGUCCAACACGCUCAAUCUGGACGUGUACGAGUCGCACCGCGCUGCCCUCAUGGCCAAGAAGAAGGCGAACUCGGUUACUUUGUGUCCAGGCGCUACGCAGCCUUUCUAUGUCACAGCCCUGCCAGACGACAAGGUCCCUAAAGGCACGAGUCCAGGGUGUUACCUUUCAGGCUCCCUCGUUGUGAGCAAGAGCGAGUAUGGCAAGAAAGCAGGGCAGGCCUCUGCAAAACGACAAGGAAAAUUUAAAAAGGACGUCGUGCCGGUCGUCUACCACCUGAUUCCCGCCCCCAACAAGUCAAAGAACGGUGGCAAGGAGAAGGACAAGGACGGAGACAAAGAGAAGGACGUGAAGGAGGAGUUCGCCGAAGCCGUGAGGGAUCUAAAGAUCCAGUGGAUGACAAAGUUGGAGUCGAGCGCCGUCUACGACGAACUGAUGGAGAGCUACUCGGAUUACCUUCCGCUGCACGUGCAAAGGCUGCAUCAGCUGGACUCGGAGAAGGAACGAGUGAAACGCCUCAGGGAGGUGGUGUCUGCGGCGGACAUCGUCAUGUCCCACAUCGACCAAACGGCGUUGGCCGUGUUUCUCACCAUGAAGACGGACCCUCGGCCGGACGCCGCCUCUAUCAAAACCGACAUGGAGAAGCAGAAGUCGUCUCUCCUGGACGCUCUGUGUAGAAAAGGCUGCGCCCUGGCCGACCAGCUCCUGGUGCCGCCCACCUUGCAGGGCGCGGCCGGCGCCGUGGCUACGGAAGCGGCUGCAGAGGGAGAGGAGGAAGCCGGAGAGCAGGCGGCCAGCAGCUCUGACGACGCCCAGGAGAACGUCUCGAAUGCCCUGAUGGACACUUUCUGGGAGGUGCAGAAGUGGGCGGAGCUUACCGAAUCCAAGGUUUUGAUGUUUUCAUACAAACACGCCCUGGCGAACAAGAUGUACGGCCGAGCGCUGAAAUACGCCUCCAAGAUGGUGGAGGAGAAGCCCAGCAAAGAGAACAUGAAGAACUGCGUCCAGAUCAUGCGCCUCCUCGGAUGGACGCACUGCACCGCCUUUAGUGAGAACUGGCUCCCCGUCAUGUACCCUGCAGAUUAUUCACCGUUCUAGGCACAGGCACGCACAGAAGCAUGGGACGGCAUGG